GGGGGGGUCCAAAAAGCGUUCUUUAGGAGACUAGGACAGAUUCCAACCAAUACCAAGUACUAAUUUUAGUCUAUAGAAUUUUUGCAAAUAAAAACAUAUUCCUGUAUGUAAAUUUCAGAUAUUAUGCCUCCUAAGAGGAAACUAACACAGAAAACAAUUAAGAACUUUUUUUCUUCUGAUCUCUUCAGAAAAACCAAAUCAAAUGAAAUCAACAAAGUUGCUGCUUCAUCCACUUUAACACUGUCUGACUCAGAUCCAGAUGACCCUCCUUCAUUUUUUGAUCCAGAUGGGGAUCCAACAACAAAGAAGAUUCGGAAAUCUAGAAGCGAGGAUAAUGAAAGUUUUACUCUUGUGGAUCAUAAUAUAAACAGUAUCAAGGACACAUAUCCAUGGGGAGAUGAUAAUGAUGAAGAUUUGGAGGUUGGAGAUAAGAGUAAACAGAUUGGAGAUGAUUGGGACAUGAGUAAACAAGAGGAUCAAGAAGAUAGGAGGAAGCCAGAGGAUCAAAAAGAUAGAAGAAAACCAGAGGAUCAAAAAGAUAUGAGGAAACCAGAUGAUCAAGAAGAUAUGAAGAAACCAGAGAAUCAAGAAGAUAGGAGGAAACCAGAGGAUCAAGAAGAUAUGAGGAAACCAAAGGAUCAAGAAGACAUGAGGAAACCAGAGGAUCAAGAAGAUAGGAGGAAACCAGAGGAUCAAGAUGAUAUACAGAAACCUGAGGAUCAAGAAGAUAGGAGGAAACCAGAGGAUCAAGAAGAUAUGAGGAAACCAAAGGAUCAAGAAGAAAGGAGGAACCCAGAGGAUCAAGAUGAUAGGAUGUGCUGAAAUUUAGUUAAUAAAAAACAACUUUUUUUCUUUUUAAGGAGACUGGAGGAGGAGGAUGUGUUCCAGGCACUCUAACAGAGCUUUAUGAGGCAGC